UUCUUUCUUUUUACAGAGGGGAGAGGGGGAGGGACGGUUACAUAUGUUCCCGCUUCAAAAGGCACAAGCAGCGCGAACUCUCGUCGUCUCUCGUCCGACGAUGGCCAAAUCUCUCGCAUCUUCCCCCAUUGAUUCUACACUCACCAUUCCAAUCCGUUAAUACUAAAAAUCAUCUUUUCAUGAACAAAUUUCCAUAAACCACGUUAUACUCAGGAAGGAAGGAAGAAGAAGAAGAGGAGGAACAAAGGUCAAAAUUCAUUCCUUCGGUUAACUAACUGGAUCAUGUCCUGAUGAUAACGUGGUAUUGACUUGACUAGUAGUGUGGAUCGCAUUUGUUAUUUUAGAAACUUGCAGAUCCAUCACCUGUUUGUGUGCCCCAUCAUUCAUUACUGAUCAACACAACACAGCACACAAAAAAAGAUCCCCCAAGCUCCCCACCCACCCCCAAAGGCUUCUUCUUCAAUCACUCCAAGGUGGUUCAGGCGGUAAAAGGGACUUGGGGAGGAGGUCGUCUUUUAGAUACAUACAUACAGAAGAAAGAAAGAAAGAAGCUAUGUCUUCAUCAAAUGAUCUUAAUGACCCAAACCAUACUAGUAGUAAUCAUGAGGAAAACAAACCAUCAAGCCCAACAAGCCCAACAAUGCCAGAUUCUCCAUUUCCAGAGUACAGAAAGAAGAUUUCGGUGAUUGUCGAAGAAUAUUUCGAAACUGAUGACAUUCUCGCGGCUGCAAUUGAGCUAAGAGAACUUCGAAUGCCAACCUACAAUUACUACUUCGUUAAGAAGUUGGUUUCCAUGGCCAUGGAUAGGCAUGACAAGGAGAAGGAAAUGGCUGCUGUUUUGUUAUCCUCACUUUAUGCAGAUGUCAUUGAUCCUCCACAGGUUUACAAAGGAUUCUGUAAAUUGGUUGAAACUGCAGAUGACUUGAUUGUGGAUAUACCGGACACGGUCGACAUCCUUGCUUCCUUCAUAGCUCGAGCAGUGAUUGACGAUAUACUCCCUCCCUCUUUCCUAACAAAAGAAAUCGUUUUCCUAUCCAAGGAAUCCAAAGGAGUGGAUGUCAUUCAGAGAGCCGGAAAAGGGUAUCUGUCCGGCCCACACCAUGCAGAAAAGAUCGAAAGACGUUGGGGUGGCAACAAGACCAAAACCGUAGAGAAUGUCAAGAGCCAGAUAACCAAUUUGCUGAUGGAGUACAUAGUAAGCGGCGAUAAGAAGGAGGCUUUCAGAUGCAUAAAGGAUCUAAACGUCCCGUUUUUCCACCACGAGAUCGUUAAGCGUGCCCUUAUAAUAGCGAUGGAGAAGCGACAGGCAGAGGACCAACUGCUGGAUUUACUAAAACUAGCUGCUGAAGAAGGUUUGUUGAAUUCGAGUCAGGUUUCGAAAGGGUUCAGCCGAAUUAUCGACCAUGUCGACGACUUAUCGCUGGACAUACCGAAUGCCAAGGAGAUAUUCCAGUCGCUGAUAUGGAAAGCUGCGUCGGAAGGUUGGCUGAGCGCUUCGUCUUUGAAGUCACUUCCAAUAUCCCAACCCGAAACGAAGUCGUCGUCAGAGGACAGCGUAACGAAGGAAUUCAAGACGAAAGCACAGUCCUUCAUCAAAGAGUAUUUCCUAACCGGGGACAUUCUCGAGGUGUGCCAAUGUCUGGAAUCCGAACACACAUCCCCGAAACUCAACGCUAUUUUCGUCAAGAGAUUAAUAACGAUAGCAAUGGAUAGGAAGAAUCGCGAGAAAGAAAUGGCGUCUGUGUUCCUAUCCUCUCUAUGCAUUCCCCCGGACGACAUGGUGAGCGGGUUCUUAAUGCUGAUCGAAGCUGCAGACGACGCAGCAUUGGAUAUUCCUGUGAUCGCGGAGGAUUUAGCUAUGUUUCUGGCGAGGGCGGUUGUGGACGAGGUGAUAACGCCUCAGCAUCUGGAGGAGAUAGAGAGUCAAUGUGUUGGUGCGGAGUCGUUGGGGAACAGGAUAAUUCCGAUGGCGAAAUCGUUGCUGAACGCGAGGUUAUCGGGGGAGAGAAUAUUGAGGUGUUGGGGUGGUGGAGGGAGUAGUAAGAAUGGAUGGGCUGUUGAGGAUGUGAAGGAUAAGAUAGAGAAGUUGCUUGAGGAGUUUGAAGCUGGUGGAGAUAUAAAAGAGGCUUGUAGAUGUAUAAAGGAGUUAGGGAUGGCUUUUUUUCAUCAUGAGGUGGUGAAGAAAUCUUUGGUUAUGAUUUUGGAGAAGAAGAAUGACAAGUUGUGGCUGUUGUUGAAGGAGUGUUUUAGCAGGGGUUUGAUUACUACUAACCAGAUGAUGAAAGGGUUUGGGAGAAUGGAUGAAGCUAUUGAUGAUUUAGCUUUGGAUGUUCCUGGUGCUGAACAACAGUUUUUGUCUUAUGUUCAAAGAGCUAAGGAUGAAGGCUGGUUGGAUCAAUCCUUUAAUAAUUAAGGAUCUGUCUUCUUCUUCUUCUUAUUCCUUAUUGCUCUCUAUAUACAAACAAACAAACAAACAAACAUGUACUCAUAUAAUAUACUCUCUAUGAGCAUGCUUAUACUUUGUUGUUUUGUUGACAUGCUCUCUUAUCAAAGAUAUAUUAUUUCUUCUUUUGCCAAA